AUGUAUUUAGUAACACAAGUUUUAAUAUUAGUAUACGCUAUAUAUCUUAGCGACGCUGGUUAUGGAAUACCAGGGCCGCCAACACCCGGCUAUGAAUAUGGACAAUCUGACGUGCAAGCACCAUCCUAUGUACCAGCAUACGCAAGAAACCAGCACUUUUCAAAGACAGGCAACUCUGGAACAAAAUCUGGUUAUGGUGGUACCAAAACAGGUUAUGGUGGAACCAAAACCGGUUACAGUGGAACCAAAACCGCUCACGGCCGAACUAAAACUAGUUACGGUGGAACUAAAACUGGAUACGGCGGCACAAAGAAUGCAUAUUCUGGUACUAAAUCAAAAUAUGCAGAAAGCAGUUCAUGGCAUUCUAAUUAUGGUAAACCACCCAGCUACAGUCAGUUCCUGAACAACGCUAAUCUACCGUUCGUGCCUAAAUGCGAGCCGGAUUGCAAGAACUCAGGCAUAUGCGUGGACACCAAUACGUGUCAGUGUCCGGUGAACUUCCACGGAAAGUACUGCGAGUUUGAGAAGAAGCCAUGCCUGUCUAGUCCCCCUCAGCCUUUCAACUCCGAGAAGAUGUGCACGUCAGAAUUGUGUACCAUCACCUGCACGGAAUCCCACAAGUUCCCCGACGGUUCCACCAUAGCUAACCUGCAAUGUUCCGAUGGGCAAUGGGUACCAACCCGAGCUGACUUCACCUCCAUUCCUGACUGUAUGCCUGAAUGCACUCCGGAAUGUAUGAACGGUGGAGUUUGUUUAGACGUCAAUACCUGCCAGUGCCCUGAUGACUUUAGAGGACCGCAGUGCCAGUACCCCACUACCGCUUGCGAUAUUCAGAAACUCGGAUUCAACGGCGUUUACCACUGUUUUGGAGACAGCGACACCUUUAGCUGUGUGAUCUCAUGCCUCGGUGGAACCAAUUACAGCAGCCCACCUGCCGAACUGUACACCUGUUUGUACUCCACUGGAGUUUUUGAACCUCAGCCUGUUCCGCAAUGCGUUUCCCCUGAUGUCGUCGUUAUUGCUCCUGGAAGUCAUAAGUAUAAUAAAACCAGCCAUUCAGAAACUACAAGUGAUUCCCAAUGGACCCUGCAGACUAUAAAAGGCGGCCACUCGCAAUACGAAACCAUUACCGGUAGUAGCACCAUCACCUCUACCCAUGGCAGCCAAGCCAAGCAUGGCUUCUAUGGCUCCAAGAAUACCGUGGUGGUGAUUCAAGACCUUACACCUAAAAGUGGCACUUGCCUAAGCUGGGCCGGAGUGCAUUAUAAGACUUUUGAUGGAGUAAUCUAUAGUUUCCAAUCACCGUGUGAACACGUGCUGGUCCGCGAGGCGAAAGAGCACAAGUUCUCUAUCGAAGUCAAGCACGGCGAGUGCAAGGACAAGUUGAACUGCCCCAGCGAGCUGACUCUCUAUCUCGAAGAGAAGUUCUACGUUCUUAGUGUCGGCGCGGACGGGUCUGUGCUGUUCCGCAACACGAAGCGUCUGAUCCCAAUGCCGGCGUCUCUCCCCGGGAUCAGAGUCUCCAUGCCGAGCGACUACGUACUGGUCAACCUGGACAGUGUCGGCGUCACACUCAAGUGGGAUACCAAUAACAUGAUUCUCGUCGAAGGCUCAGUCCUCUUGUGGAACAAUACGGAGGGCUUGUGCGGAACGUUGGAUGGCAACCCCGAUAACGACUUAAUGACAAAAGAUGGAACUAUAGCCAAAACCAAGUCAGUACUCGCUUCUUCCUGGAUGGUCAACAAAAUUGGUGAUGUGUGUGAGAGUAAUCCAACAGAGACCAGCGCCUGCGCAUCACUGGCCGACGCCGACAUGAAGAGAGCUCAGCAGUUCUGUACUAAGAUCUUUAGCAAAGACAAAUUCAGGAAAUGUUCGAUGGUAAUGGAUAUCACUAUGUUGCUCGAGACUUGCCAAUGGGAUUACUGCGCCUGCGCAACUAGUUUGAGUCCUGAGGAAUGUGGCUGCAGCACUGUUGCUGUAUACGCCAAGGAGUGUUUACGUCAUGGCGUCGAAGAGAUGAAGAGCUGGAGAGACGACGAGACCUGUCCAAUGAAGUGUCCUGAAAACAAGGUCUACAAGUCUUGCGGGCCAGACUUCCAGCCAAGUUGCGCCUUCCCGCAGCCACCAGCGAAUAGUAACAACAGCACUUGCGUGGAGGGUUGUUUCUGCCCUGAAGGUUUGCUUUUAGAAGAAGGACGUUGUAUUCCCAAGAACAAGUGCCCCUGUCGGUAUAAGAAUAGAAACUUCAAGCCUGGAAAGACUAUCAAAAAGGAUUGUAAUACUUGUACGUGCCAGUCGGGCGAGUGGACGUGCACGAAGGUGGCGUGCGGCGCGCGCUGCGGGGCCAUGGGAGACCCUCACUACUCCACCUUCGACGGGCUGCGGUACGACUUCAUGGGCCACUGCACCUACACCAUGCUCAAGACCGACAAUCUCACCGUCGAGGUGGAGAAUGUCGCCUGCUCUGGGUCUAUCACUGAGGCAAUGAACUUAACCCCUUAUAAAGGAGAAGGCAAACCGUCAUGCACUAAAGCCAUCAGCUUGAACUACGAUGGAGCCAGCAUCCACAUGAAGCAGGGUGGAUUCAUCUUGGUGAACGGCAAGGAGGUAUCCGCCCUCCCCGUCAUGGUGGGUGAUGUAAGGAUCAGGGCUGCUUCAUCUCUGUUUGUUAUUGUGCAAAUGCCAAACAAAGUGGACCUGUGGUGGGAUGGAAACACUCGAGUCUUCAUUGACGUACCCCCUGCAUUCCAGGGCAAAACGAAGGGCUUAUGCGGAACCUUCAACUUGAACCAAAAAGACGACUUCCUAACUCCCGAGAACGACGUGGAACAGAAUGCUCUAGCGUUCGCCAAUAAGUGGAAGACCAGAGAAUUCUGUUCUGAUAUUGAUACUAAAGAACCAGAGCACCCCUGUAAAGCCAAUGUGGAGAAUAAGGAGGCCGCUGAGAAAUACUGCAGCAAGUUGAAGAGUAAAGUGUUUGAAGCGUGUCACUGGGACGUGGACGUGGAGGCGCACUACGAGGCGUGCGUGUACGACAUGUGCGCGUGCGCAGGCGACGUGUCGCGCUGCCUGUGCCCCGUGCUCGGCGACUACGCCAUGGCCUGCGCCAAGGCCGGCGUCAUCAUCCAGUGGAGAUACCACGUGCAGGAGUGCGAAAUCCAAUGCACGGGUGGUCAGGAGUACACGGUGUGUGCGGACAGUUGCCUGCGCAAGUGCUCCGACAUGGCGCUGGCGGCCAGCGGCACCUGCAAGCCCUGCUGUGUUGAAGGCUGCGCAUGCCCGCAGGGACAGCUACUAGACGACAAUGGACUGUGUGUUCCCACUGCUCUGUGCCCUUGCUACCACAAAGGGCUGCAAUUUAACGCUGGCUAUAAAGAGGUCCGAGCUGGUAGACGAGAAAGGGAAUUAUGCACCUGUGUGGGUGCUCGUUGGGAUUGCAAGCCGGCGAAACCUGAUGAGAUUCAGAACUACCCGCCAGCCGAGGAUUUGAGGAGUAACUGCAGCGCUAGCAAUAACAUGGAGUUCAGUACCUGUCAAAUUUCAGAGCCGCUUACUUGCAAGAAUAUGCACCUCCCACCAUCAUCCACAACAGCAGAAUGCCGUCCAGGUUGCCAGUGUAAAAAGGGCUUCGUUCUGGACAUGGUAUCUAAAAAAUGCGUCACCCCAGCGCAGUGCCCAUGUCACCAUGGUGGACGCAGUUACCCUGACGGACAUACCAUGCAAGAAGAGUGUAACAAAUGCGAGUGUAAUAGCGGUACCUGGAAUUGUACGACCAAGAAAUGCGCCGGUCUGUGUUCAGCGUGGGGAGACUCCCACCUGGUGACAUUCGACGGUAGCGACUAUGACUUCGAGGGAGUCUGCACUUAUUUACUGGCUAAAGGAGUCAUGGACAGCAGCGAUGGCUUCGAUGUUGAGAUACAGAAUGUACCAUGUGGCACUACAGGUGCAACUUGCUCCAAAUCCGUAACUCUCAAGAUUGGACGUGGCAAUAACGAGGAGAUCGUUUCUCUCACCAAAGACGCUCCUAUUCCUGACAUUAGCAAACUAAAGAGGAUCAAGAUGCGCAUAGCUGGUGCCUACGUAUUCCUGGAUGUACCUUCUCUAGGCAUGAGCCUGCAGUGGGACCGGGGUAUGAGGGUCUAUGUCAAAGUAGAAGCUAUUUGGCAAGGAAGGGUGAAAGGUCUAUGCGGCAAUUACAACGGCGACAUGCGAGAUGACUUCCAGACGCCCUCAGGGGGUGGCAUGGCUGAAUCUUCUAUUUUAAUAUUCGCUGACUCGUGGAAGCUCAAACCGACUUGUCCAAAACCCUCACGGAUCAUUGAUCACUGCAAACAACGUCCCGAGCGCAAAGACUGGGCAGCAUCGACUUGCUCGGCCAUGAAGCGCUACCCGUUCACGCUGUGCCACGCCGAGGUGCCCCCGUCCCCGUACAUAGAUCGCUGUACGCGUGACGCGUGCGCGUGCGACUCGGGCGGCGACUGCGACUGCGCAUGCGCCGCGCUCGCCAACUACGCGCACGCGUGCGCGCACCGCGGCGUCACCUUCAAGUGGCGGACGCAGGAGACUUGUCCCAUGCAGUGCGAUGAGGAGUGUUCCAACUAUGAUUCCUGUUUAUCGGCGUGUCCGCUAGAAACUUGCGACAACACCCUGUUCUACUCAGAUAUGAAAAUUAACUGUGAACAAGACACUUGCGUGGAAGGUUGUAAACCCAAGAAGUCCUGCCCUGAAGGCCAGGUGUACAAGAACAGCACCCACAUUGAAUGCGUACCUCGUGCUAAGUGCAAGCCGGUGUGCAUGACUCUGGAGGACGGCAGAGAGGUAGAAGAGGGUGAGAUCAUCGAAGAGGAUGCCUGUCACACGUGCAGGUGUUCUAAGAAACAUAAAGUGUGUACUGGACAGCCGUGUUCUACUGCAGCACCAUCAUUGACGUCACCGAAACCUAACGACGAGCCCUUGAAGUGUGUCUCCGGUUGGACCAAAUGGAUUAAUAGAGGACCUCCUGAGAUCGGGAACCUUGGGGAGUCUAUUGACAACGAACCGCUGCCGAAACCUAAUGAACUGGUAAUCGGAAGUCCGAUGUGCAAACAAAGUAUGAUGAAGAAGAUCGAAUGUCGCACGGUGGGUGACCACAGGACGCCCAAGGAGACGGGACUGGACGUGGAGUGCAGCCUCGAGAGAGGACUUGUCUGCAAGGAGGUGGGGAAGGCCUGCCUCGACUUUGAGAUCAGAGUGUACUGCGAGUGUGAACAGCCAAAUGCAUGCGAGAACUCCGUACGUCCUAAUGAGCCUCACCCCACGGAUUGCACCAAGUUCUACGAAUGCGCUCCAGACAAAGUGGUACUAAAGGACUGCGCCCCUGGGACCAUGUACAACCCCGUCACGAUGGUUUGUGACUGGCCCGCUAGCGUGGCCAAGGUCAGACCUGAAUGCGAUUCGAACACAAUUGAGGCCGCCCCCCCCGCGGAGUGUCCCCCCGGGAGCGAGUUCUCGGAGUGCGCGUACCGCUGCGACCGCCUGUGCGACUCCUUCAGGACCACGCUCAUGGCGCAGGGACGCUGCCGGGGAGAGAAAUGCGUGGAAGGGUGUAAGAAGCUUUCGUGUGACGCCAACUCUUACUGGCGCGACGAGAACACCUGUGUGCCGAUGAAGGACUGCACUUGCUUCUCAGAAGGCAAGAUUGUUAAGCCAGGAGGAGUGGUAGUAGACGGUUGCAUCAAGUGCCAAUGUAUCAACAAUAACUUCCACUGUGACUCAAGCGAGUGUGUGGUAGUCAGUACCAUUGUGCCAGGGUCUACGCAUCAGCCGAUCAUCGAACCCCACAUUUUUCCCACUCCCGGAAAACCACGUACCACCACAACCACAACUACAACAACUACUCCACAGCCUACAUCACCAUCUACAAUACCAGUUCCUGAAUGCUUGCCUGAAAACUACGUAGAUCUCCUGUGGGGUGACCAGCCGUUGCCUGAUUCAGCGUUCAGCGCCAGUUCCGUCGCCAGCCGACUGUACGAGCCGCAGUACGCCAAGCUGAACGGACACCCACUUGACAUCACAGCUGGCAGUUGGAAUCCAAAGACCCAGGACCAGAACCAGUAUAUACAAGUAGAAUUUCCUGCACCUCAACCUAUCUACGGCGUGAAGAUGCAAGGCAGUCCACUAUUCACCCAGUACGUCACCUCCUACGAAGUGUUGUAUGGACCCGACAAAGACCACCUGGUACCCGUUCCUGGAGAUGAUGGAAAGCCUAAGGUGUUCACCGGACCUUCAGACAAUAAUAAUUCUAAGAAGCAAAUGAUAGAACCACCAGUAGCUGCCAAGGUCAUCCGCAUCAGACCUCUGACGUGGCACGAAGAAAUUGCCUUACGAUUCGAGCUCAUUGGUUGUGGGGAACUGACGACAACUGAAGAACCUACUACUGUUAUGUCUACUACGACUAGUUCGACUACGACUACAACGACUACACCUACAACAACAAUACCAGAAACGACGACUACACGAAUAACGACGACAACUAUUGCAGCUCCUCUUAUUCUUCAAUCAACUGUUAGCCCGCCGCCUGAAUGUAGUCCUUACAGCUACAUAGACUUGAUGUGGGGUGACCAACCAUUGCCGGACUCCGCCUUUAGCGCCAGCUCAACGGCCAGCUCGCUCAAUCAACCUAAAGAUGCGGUACUCAAUGGUUUUCCACUAAAUCACACAGCUGGCAGUUGGAAUCCGAGCGUCUCAGACAAGAACCAGUACAUCCAAGUGGAAUUCCCUCGGCGAGAACCAAUCUAUGGUGUAAUGAUGCAAGGUAGUCCUCUGUUUGAUCAGUACGUCACCAGCUACGAGGUACUUUAUGGCGAUGAUGGAAAGGUAUUCUCUACAGUCAACGGACCUGAUGGUAAACCUAAGGUAUUCCGUGGGCCAGUAGACAACCAAACCCCCAAGAAACAGAUGAUCGAACCGCCGAUAGAGGCGAAGGUGGUCCGCAUCAAGCCUCUCACGUGGCACGAACAGAUCGCCGUCAGGUUCGAGCUCAUCGGGUGUCAGGAGCCGGUGGAAACUGAGUCCACAUCUGAAGCAUCCACCACUCCAUCACUGGAUUGCACUGAACCUCUGGGCAUGGCGGCUGGUCUGCCCGUAGAGAUGAUAGAAGUGAGCUCCAACUUCGACGCCCGGCAGUACUUCACACUCGAGGGGGAGAGAGGCUGGAGGCCGCUCUACAGCACUCCCGGGGAAUGGAUCAUGUUCAACUUCACUUCACCACGUAACAUCACCGGCAUCUACACCAAGGGUGGUCCCAAGGGUUGGGUGUCCACCUACAAGAUUCUUUACACCUCUGACCUUUCGAUCUUCAACCCUGUAGUCGACGAGCGGAAAGAAGAUGUGAUCUUUGCUGGAAACUAUGACAAGGAGAGUACGGCAACGAACGAGUUCCAUCCACCGUUACACGCACAGUAUCUGAAAGUUCUGCCACUUACCUGGAAGGAUAAUAUUGAAAUGAGGGUUGAACCCAUCGGAUGCUUCGAGCCCUAUCCAACAACAGUAGCAACAGAGACUACUCCCAGCCGUUACAGGGAGCCAGUGCUAAAGAACACCUGCGAGUUCUGUCCCGGCGUGCAGAAAACAGAGUUUGCGUGCGUGUGCGCGGACCCCGCCAAGUACUACGACGGGGAGAACUGCGUCACCAGGGACCAGUGCCCGUGCAUAGAGUCCUUCAUGUCAUACCCCGUGGGCUCCUCCUUCCGAGGGUCGAACUGUGAUGAGUGCGUGUGCAAGCUGGGUGGGGUCACCAUCUGCACGCCGGUCAAGGAGUGCACGUGUGCACCGGAAUUAAUACCGAAGCUUUCCAAAUCGACAUGCGAUUGCGGCUGUGAACCUUGUCCCAACGGCACCAAGAUCUGCUCCACGAGCAAACUGUGCCUACCUCUCGAAAAGUGGUGCAACGGUCUCCAAGACUGUCCUGACGAUGAGAAGGAUUGCACAACCAAUUCCACCAGCACCGUCACUACUCCGAAGACGACAGUCACUGAACCCACUAUUGUGACUACUCAUCAGCCAACUGUAGCUGCAGAACCCACCACUCCUAAACCUGUGGUAUGCCCGGUGGUGGAGUGUCCACCUGGCUACUCUGUCGUCUAUACUAAAAGCUCUCCGACCACUUCUCCCUCAACAACGUACGGAAAUUCCGAUCUACCGCCUCCAAGACCUCGGUACUCCUACCAAAGAUACGUUAAGGGUGGCUACUCUAAGGGUGGCUACUCUAAGGGCGGUUACUCAAAGGGUGGCUAUUCUAAGGGAGGUUAUUCAAAGGGAGGAUACUCUAAAGGAGGAUAUGGUGGAUACGGCUUGCCACCCCCAUCUCGUCCAAGCGAAGCCUUCUCCCUGGACAAGCCCGAAGUAAACACGACCCUGGCAGCACCAGUACAGGAAUGCGCACAAUUCAAGUGUAUCCCCAAGCUGCCGCCGUUCAGACCUGGUGGUGGAGUGACUCCUCCUCCUGUCUGUUCCGUGGUGUCUUGUCCUCAAGGGUACACCCUCAAGUUAGACAGCGUUGCGUCCAUGCACAACAGAUGCCCUCAGUACGACUGUGUCCCGCCGCCUGAACGCCAAGUGUUCUGCAAUGUUACCGGACGCACGUUCAACACCUUCGAUGGCACCGAGUACAAAUACGACGCCUGCUUCCACAUACUCGCUAGAGAGAACAAGUUUGACUCUUGGCUCAUACUCCUCCGCAAGAAAUGUCGUUUAGACGGAUGCCGCAACGAGCUUCUGGUACUCCAAGACGAUCAACUGAUCCUCGUUAAACCCAACAUGAUGAUAGAAUACGACAACUACGAGUAUACCGUGGAGCAGACCAGCAAAAUCUGCUUCCAAAAGAACAGCUAUGACGUGGCGCAACUUGGAAACGGUAUUUCGAUCAAGUCUAGGAAGUACAACUUCACAGUGCUGUACAGCUCCGAAGGUGAUAUCAAGAUUGGUGUGUACAAGAAAUACAUGGGCUCAGUGGACGGCCUGUGCGGCGCGUUCGACGGCAAUCCGUCCAACGACCGCAGCCUGCCGGGCGGGCGCCUCGCCACCAGCAUCGACGAGUUCGGCCGCUCCUGGGCCAAGCCCGGCCUCCCACCUAACGCUUGCCAGAUCAAGAUCACCUCCGACGAGAAGCAGAGGCACGCUUGGGAUCUGUGUAACGCCAUCAUAAAAGAACCGCUGUCCCAAUGUGCUAAAGUGUUAAACCUGAACAAGUGGCGUUCCAUCUGCUUGGAGAAGAUCUGCCAAUGUACAGAUUUAGUGGUGAACGGCACCCAUCGCACUGGAGAACAGUGCCGAUGUCUGCUUGUGGAACAAAUGGUGGCUGAGUGUCUCGCUGCUGACAAAAAUAUAGAUGUCUCAUCUUGGAGGAUACAACUGGAUUGUCCGGCGGAGUGCCCGGCGCCGCUGGUGCACUACGACUGCUACCGCAAGCGCUGCGAGCCGGCGUGCUCGGCGCUGGGCGCGGCCCCGCGCGCCUGCCCGCUCGAGGACGGCCAGUGCUUCCCCGGCUGCUACUGCCCCGAGGGCAAGCUGCGCAAGGCUGACCGCUGCGUCGCGCCCGCCGACUGUCUCGACUGCAAGUGCCACGGAGUAGGCGCACCAGCUAAAUACGUAACCUUCGAGGGAGACGACCUUCCCUUCCUGGGCAACUGCACCUACUUGGCUUCAAGAGACAGGAAUGCCACCGGCCAUCACAAGUACGAAGUGUACUCCACCAACGGCCCUUGUGAAGAUAACGGCGUCGUUUGCACCAAGAUUGUACAUCUUUUGUAUGAGAAAAACGUAAUUCAUGUGUCCAAAGACCAGGAUACUAAGAAGCUUUUAACGACAAUCGGCGAUACGGCAAUAUACAAGUUCCCUGUGAAGAAAGACUGGGUUACAAUUAGCCAAGUAAACGGACAGGACAUCUCUAUUGUACUUCCGGACAUACAUGUUGAGCUCACAGUUCUGCAGUCGAAGAUGGAGUUCACUGUGAGAGUUCCUUCAUAUCUGUACGCGAAUCAAACGGAAGGCCUCUGUGGAGUGUGCGCUGGUUACCAAGAUGAGCUCAUCACCAGCAAUGGAACUGCUACUGAUGAUUUUGAAGAAUACGGUAAGAGCUGGGAAGCUACACCAGAAACUUUGAAGAACUUAGGUAUGUCAGAAGAAGCGCAGUGUGAUCAACCGCCAUCAGCACCGGAGUGCGUGCUGCCUCCUCCGGAAACGAAUCCCUGCUACAAUUUGCUUAAUGCUGAUAGAUUUGGAGCCUGUCAUGCUCUGGUAGAGCCUGGUCCGUUCGUGGAGUCGUGCGAGGCGGACCUGUGCGCCAACGUCACGGAUUCGUGCGCGGCGCUGGAGCGCUACGUGGCUGAGUGUCGGCGCCAGGGCGUGUGUCUGCAGGCCUGGCGCGCCGACCUCUGCCCCUACCCUUGUAAGGAACCCUUCGUGUACCAGCCUUGUGUGGACUGCGAGAGGACUUGUGAUAACUUUGACGAGUUGUCCAAGAGGCCUGACAUGUGCAUCGAACAACCUGCCGAAGGCUGCUUCUGUCCUGAAGGAAAAGUGAGAGUGAACAACACGUGCAUUGAGCCAAGUAAAUGCUUCCCUUGUGACGCAAAGAAAGAACACUACGCAGGAGAUGAGUGGCAGGAGGAUGCAUGUACGAAAUGCACGUGCAGCAAACUUGCCAAUGAAAACACAGGACACGUGUCAUGUACUAAACAAACUUGCAAAGCGCCCGUGUGUUCAGAGACUGAAGAUAUGAUCACUAAGCCAGCGAAACCUGGACAGUGUUGUGCUGAAUACUUGUGCAUACCGAAACCAGUGGCAAACUGCACGGAACCUAAGAAGAUGGAAUGUGGGUUCGGUCAAGUGCUGAAACAGAAGACCACGCCUGAAGGAUGCAAGGAAUUUGCUUGUGAAUGUAAGCCUACAAGUGAAUGCGAGCCAUUACCGAACGAAAAUGAAGUAGAAAUCUUGGAGCCUGGCAUGAAACGCGUGGUGGACACGAGCGGCUGCUGUCCCCGAGUUCAAUUCCUAUGCCAAGUUGAAACGUGUCCUCAUCCGCCUCAGUGCGAUAAGUAUUAUGAGCUAAAGACCACCAAUGAUAGUAACAAGUGCUGCCCACAGUAUAAAUGCGAAUUGCCCAAGGACAAAUGCGUGGUGACAUUGGAAUGGGAGGCAGCUUCUAAAGGUGGAGAAAAAGUUAGGACUACCCCGCAGGUCGUUCUCAAAGAUGUGGAGUCGGUGUGGCUGGACGGCCCGUGCCGCUCGUGCCGCUGCGAGAGCGGGGCGCGAGGCGCGGCGGCGCGCUGCUCCGUGACGGAGUGCAGCGCCAUCGUGAGCACGCCGCAGUUCGUGCUGGAGCCGCGCGCCGUGCCCUUCCAGUGCUGCCCCGUGCCCGUCUACGUGGCCUGCAUCGACCGGGACAACAUCUACAAGAUUGGAGAAAACUGGACAUCAGCAGACAACCCUUGCGAGAGCUACAAGUGCUCGCGCACCGAAACUGGAGAUACACUUGAAAAGGUCACAACUCUGUCCACCUGUUCUGAUGAAUGCCAGCCGGGUUGGAAAUACUACCCGGCGACCAAAGAGAGUGGUGAAUGUUGCGGCAAGUGUGAGCCGGUGGCCUGCAUCGUGGACGGCAAGGAGAGGCUCAUUGGAGAGAAGUGGACUUCCAGCGACUUCUGCGCCAACUACACUUGCGUCAACUUGAACGGAACUCUGCAAGUGCAAUGCUCGAAUGAAACGUGUCCAGAAGUGUCGGAUGCUGUCAAGAAACAAUUCGUACUGAAAACAGAAAAGGUGACUGGCAAGUGUUGUCCUAUCGAAGAACCUGUCGCGUGUCGCGUGGGCAACAAGAUUUACCAGGAAGGACAGACAUGGCUAUCCCCUGACCCGUGCAAGCACCUGACGUGUUCCCGAGACGUGAACGGCCACCUCACCCACCAGGAGAGUAUGACAACCUGCACGCGCAAUUGCAAGAAUGGCUGGAAGUACCAGAAUCCUCCGCCAAACGAGUGCUGUGGAAAUUGUGUGCAGGACCAGUGUGUGGUGGACGACAAACUUGUCUCACCUGGUACAACAUGGCAGUCUGCGGACAAUUGCACGACCUUCACGUGCGACAAGUCGGGUGAGGAGGUGUACGUGACGUCAUCGCGCCAGGCCUGCCCCGACGUGUCGCAGUGCGCGCCGCAGUACCUCGUCAACGAGACCUGCUGCCAGGUCUGCGAGGAACCUGCACAGGCUUUGAGUAAAUGUGUGCCCAGGCCGAUCCCCAGUUCAGAAACGGUGGGACAGGUGCGCUUACACCUGGGCCCGCACGGUGUCUGCGUCAACAAGGAGCCCAUCGUAGGGCUGCGCGACUGCGAGGGUAGCUGCGACUCCGGCACCAAGUACAACAAUAUGACGAGCACGCACGAGUCCAAGUGCGAGUGUUGCAGCGCGCUGCAGUACGAGGGUUUGGUGGUGGCGCUGAGCUGCGAGGACGGCUCGCACCAGCCGCACAAGCUGGCCUCGCCCAAGACUUGCACGUGCUCGGCCUGCGCCGGCCUCGCACAACCCUCCUGGACACGACCUGUUUACUCUGGAGUGAAAAACCCUCCAAAGAAGUUUGAAGAAAACUAUGAAAUCCCUCAGAUUUACCAACGAUUCGGAGAGACAACGCCACCCACGCGAUAA